UAGAUGUACAAGUAAAGCCUACUAGGACCCCAACGAUGUUAACAGAGGCAAACGGGGAAUCCCACUUGGGGCCGCAUCUAGACUCACACAUCGACUCCCUCCUAGAUGUACCAGCCAUGUCGCUACUGGAGUCAGACGCCGUGUCCCCAUUUGAUUACUAUUGGAACGGUACCGAUUUCCCACCGUUCAGGCCCAGAAUGCCCUCUUCGCCUAUAGCAUACACCAUCAUAAUAGUCAUGGAAUUGGUUCUAGGGACUAUGACCAAUGGGACAUUGAUCUACCUGGUGGCAUCGGUGCGAGAGUUGCGGACAUCACCCAACAUCCUCUUGGCGAAUCUUGCUAUCGGUGACUUUCUCUUUGUCCUUAUAACUGGACCACCUACCAUAGCACCCUCGUACAUGACAACCUCAUUCGACUAUUGCCGUUUGAAUCACUUCUUUUAUUUCGCGUCGUUCGGCGUAUCUUCGUUCAGUCUUACUGCGAUUAGCAUUGAACGGUAUUUCGCUAUCGUGAAGCCUUUCCUAGUGCGUCGGUUGCGCAUCAUGCGCGCAACUGUGGUAAUAUGCCUUAUCAUCUGGGGUAUCGCCUGCGCGAUCGCCUCCUAUGUAUUCGUCGCCGCCAUGCCGUCGUUUCAAACCACUUGUACGUUUCGCUAUGAGCACGUGUCCUACCAUAUUUACUACGUCUUACAGCUUGUGUUCAUGUACGUCCUGCCUGUUUGCUCCAUGGCCAUCUUUUACGGUCUCUGUGCCAAGAAACUACUACGAGAAAAGACAAUUCUUCAGCGAAGACGAAGAGGGAGUGCAGAUAGCAAGGCUAGGGUUCGAGUAUCAGUGAACUUGUUUCUUAUCACACUCGUGUUUACAAUCUGUUGGUUGCCUCAGUAUAUCUACAGCGCCUGGCUUAUGUUUGGAUUCGACGUGUUUGUGUUCGGCACAAGGUCUAUGAGCAUUUUCCGCCGCGCCCGUAUAGUCAUGUACUACCUGGCAUCGUGUAUCAACCCCAUCAUCCUCUACUCCAUGAGUUCGUCAUUUCGGCAACACCUCGCAAGGAAGUUCGGUCUCAAUCGUUUGACCAGAAGGCGGCCGACGAAUAGUGAGGCCAGUGGACGCACCAGGAGUUCCGUCAUCAUUCGUACACCAUCCCUACGUUCUAUCCCCCAGAUAGCCCUUCCGUUGGUUGACAACACUAGCAACGUAGAAAACCAUUACGUCCGUACUGCGUCAGAUGCGGUGUGAUCAAGAAGCAACAUUUAAUCCUCGUGACUGUAAAUAGAUGCACAUUCCAUAACUCAUUCAGUUGGGUAUUUUGAACGAUUUAACUAGUGGUAAUCUGAUGAAAAAGGAUCACCUUUAUUACUUUUGAAUGAAAUAGAUGUUUAUCCUCAAUCAAAUUAUCAAAGUAUUUUUUAUUUCAAUCAGUGUUGUUUAAUGCUGUAGAACAAAUAUCUGUAUUAGCACAAAGGUAUUUUACAGGAGCACUCGGGAACGUCUCAUAAGUGCCAUAUAAAGAGAGUAGUCUGCUGGGCAAACCAUUCGCUCGAGUUAAGGGUCUGAAUGUGCAGCCUACUCAUGCCUUGUGUACUGAAGGCUCUCUCGCGAACAGCAAGUUUUGUAUGUGCUAGUCUUUGCGUGGAGGCACACUUGUUGAUCAAAGUUCCAAUGAGGGUCUGUGCCUGCAGACUAUAAAGAGAGGUUGAAUGUUAGUGACACUUAUUUGACUUUGUUCUCCUGCAUGACCUAAAUGCUAAAGGUCAAACGUCACAUAGGAUCAACGCAGAAAAUUGCAUCAAAAUAAAAUCAAAUGUGAAGCAAAUUUUCAAACCAGAUGUAUGAAAAUGAGUGAAAUUAUUACAUUACACAGUCACUAUUAUUUUGUAUUUUAUUUUAUGAAAUGUGAGAUAGACUCCGCCUUAAACACGUGGAUGUGAAUAUUAAAAAAUGUAUAGUAAGAAUGUGACAUCAUCAUCUCUGUCAUUAUUUUAAUAUCACCUGCAUUGUGCAUGCAGCAUUUUUGUGAAAUUUAAAAUGUAAAAAGCCAUAUCGUUCCUGUGUAACGCCCUAUUCUGUUCUUAGUGUUAUGCUUGUUUGAUUUUGUUCUCUUUAUUCAAAACAAUUUGUUCGUUUGCUGUACUUGGCCUUUACUUCCAAGUAAGCUAUCGACACAUCUGUUACCGGAAAAGGAGAGUGGGCUUUCCAGUAAAAAGAAUACUAUUUGGAAUAUGAUAAUGAAAGAUUCUAAUAAAUUUUGGUGUAACAUGAUUGUCACAUCACGAAGCACACUUGGCGUUGGCGCCAGUCUAAUGAAAGCUCAUCUUUGGGGGCAUGACACAGUAUUGCACUAGGUUCUUCGUCCGACAAGUAUAAGGUGUACUCCAAAUGUAAACUGUCAAUUCACCAACCUAUGUUGAUCUAAUAAUUAUGAUCGCUUGCGAUAUUAAUAAUUCUCCAAGAUAUUGAUUACAGGGUUCUAAAAUAUUCAAUUCACUGCUACAUUACGAAUUAUUUUAGAUAUUCUUACAUAAAAAGUGAUACCUUUGUUACGAUAAAGUUCUUCUUCUGUAAUAGCACUGACUAAUAUUGAAAUAUUUCCCCCACUUUUAUUACGCUACUCCUGAUAAUUUGGCUAUGUAUACUCAUGUUAAUAAAAAACUUGUACUACCACUACUGACUACUACUACGACGACUACUACUACUACUACUACUACUUCUUCUUCUUCGAUUACCAUACUACUACUUUCUUUUAUCUUCUUUCCCUUUUCCUCCUCCUGUUUAUUUUUCUAGACGUCUAUUACUGUUCCUACUUCUUCAACUCUCAUUGCUUUCAUUACUUCCACUGCUGCAACAUCUUCUACCACCACCAUCAUGAUCAUGAACAACAGAUCGAUUUUAAUUACUGCCACCUGAGUACGACUAAAGUAAUACCUCUUUUGUACUGCUACGUCUACUGCCACAACUUCCACGAUUGCCAUAUAGCCAUAUGACCUCAACAACUCCUCGUGAUAACCGGUUUACUUUGUUCAAAUGGUUUUAAUUGUCUUUUUCCAAAGCCAAUCACACGUUUGGAAGCCUCCACACCUUAACAACUCUGCGAACCUCACCAAACUCUCGUUCAAACAAUUGCAAUUAUCGAAAUGUGCUUCGUAAUAUAAUUUUAUGUAUUAAUUUUUAAUGCGUCAGUACUUGAACGACGGUCGUUUAAUAAUAAAUUACUUAACAUUUUUCGGACGAGCAAGAGAGGACAUAAUUACUAUACAUAUAUUGUUUCAAAUUACUUUUGUAUCAUUAUACGUCGUCCAUGUCGUCCAAAUGUUUAUAGGUCUAUACCUGUAGUCUCAAUGUGAUAAUUGCAAUUUUGUUUGCUUAUAGCCAUAUAGACUUAUGAAAUGUUACGCCUUUUACACGUAAAUGUAUGUCUAUCUCAAAGUUGUAAAUUGAUUCACUGCGGAUACCGCUUCAUUUUCGUAUUUAAUAUGUAUAUACAUGUAAUAUCAGUGUCAAUAUUUACAUAUAUAUAAAAUGUUACUUUUUUUAAAGAUUCAUGUAUCGAUUUUGUACGACAAUCUUAUAUCCAAGAACUUGAUCAGACUUUUAACUCAGAGCCUACAUAAAGGAAGAAUUACUUAAACACAUCAAAUCCACAUGCCAUUCUUUCAGUCAAGAGGAAGAGUUCCAAAUUAAUUAUUUUCAUGUCAAUAUAGCUGCCCCAUAAACAAUUCUUAUCCAUUUUGCUUAAGAAUUACUUAUAAGUUAGUCAAAUCCUUUUUAACCAGUUGUCUGUGUUCCUCUUUAUGUAUGUCAGGCAAGAUCUUGAGGGUAAUUAUACAUCAAAUAUCAUCCGACAAGCAAUCAUAAUAAUGAAUAAAAAUAUAAUUACAAUAUACUCAUUAGUGAAAGCAACGGCCAAAUCGUUUUUCAGUACUCAAUUUAGACCGCUGCUUGCAGUGUACCAAUUCCCUUCAUUUUAGCGCAAUGUGACACUUUGAGUAAUCAGUGUUCGCUCAAGCAUGAAUAACUCUAAGGGGGUGUUGCAAGAAAAUAUUUGCAAUCAAUCGCAAAUAUUCUGUUGCAAUUUUACAGUUGAUUGAUCACUUUUAACUUUAGCAAAUCAGAUUACACUCCUUGUUUCAUGGAGCAGAUUAGCAAUCCUCGCAAAUUUGCAAUUAAUUCCACGGCAUAUGCUUGAUUUCGGGAACGAAAAUAGACUUGCAAUUGAUCGCAAGUUUCUUGCAACGCCCCAUUAAGUCUGUUGGUGUCGUCUGAUAGAAUAAUGUCUAGACCAUCUAUCAAAACUAAAAGAUACAUUAGAUUUUCAUCUUUUAAAUUAUAGUUGUCACAGAUUCUCCCAUAAGUUUAAAAUUUUGAUAUGCCCUGUUUUAUUGAUGGCUGAGAAGACAUGAGCCAAGGAGUAGUGAUGAUUAUCGGGGAUAGUAAACUGAAUGCUAUCGUGUUACUUAUCAUUUUCUUCUCCUUUUUACGACAUUCUUAUUCAUCUGAUAUUCUUUGAUAUCGAAGAGUUUCUAUGACAUUUUUGAUGCGGUGCAAAUUACAGUGUGUUGGCUAUCAUUUUUAAUUUGGGUAGCCUUCAGUGAGGGUAUUAAAUUGUCACUAACUAGUCAGUAUAUACAAACAUUGUUGUGCGUUUUAUUUUUCUUUCGUACCAUAGUCCGGAGAACCCUUGAGCAACAGGACACUUAAUGCCCUGAACACCGAUGGCCGCAGUCACACGGGUAAAACCGAUUCCAGAUCGAUCACACUCUUACGUUAUUUUGAAUGGCACAACAUCGGUCGGUUUGGAGUCGGUUUCCUUGGUGUGACUGCAGCAUUUAAACUGGCAUAGUUAUAGUUACAACGAAUGGCGUGCGUUUGGAAUUCAGUAAACAGAACAACUUAUAUUGAAUGGUUCUGCUCCCAAGAGACAGAUCACAUACUCUUUCGAAUGGUGAAUUUAAUGGUCAGUCCCAGGGAGGCCUGCUACAUGUAUAACACUCAUCAAUAUAUAACUACGGUACAUAGUGGCUUAAAACUGUAUUAGAAGUAAGAAACAAAUGAUUCUUCCCUUGGUUUAUAAGCGUAUGAUGUAUGUACAUGUAUAUUUGUUUUACCCGUUGAAAAGUGGAAGCAGAUCCCCCUGUAUAAAGUCUAUGGGAAUUACGAAAUUCAGUUAUUAAUGGGUUAAGUUUGCUUCUUGUUGACUAUAAUCUUGAAAACAUUUAACCGAUAGUGCUCGUUAAAUGGGAAUAUAUGUGAUGUCAUAUAGGCUGACCAUAGAGUUGAGAAAAAAAAUGACAAUCCUAAAAAAUUGUUUCAUUCGAAAACACAUCCCAUUAUUAUUUCAGAUUAAAAAAACACACCAAAAUGGGAUGCGUCAUGAAAUUCAUCUCUUCUGAUUCCUCCCCCAUAAAAGCAGAGUUCAUGCGUGUACAGUUUGCUUUAAAGCCUUCAAUUUCUCAUACAACAUACAAAUUCUUCAACAAUUUCGUGACGUAAUCCGAUUUGGGAUUUGAGAGACAUGUCAGUGACGUGUCAUGUCUGCUACACACCCAGGGUGAAGAACUGCCGAUUAGUAGUCUGACGGUCAACAAUCUUAAAACAAGUUCGAUCAAAAAUAACAACUUCUACACUGACGCAUUUCGCGACGCCAUUCGUGUUUUUACCAUCACACCAAAAGUGUCAUUGAUACUUAUAUUUGUGUCCUGUGGGAUGUGAGGAUAUUGGAACUAAUAAGCAUGGGAUGGAGAUUAUGAAUCACAGGGGAUGACUUGGUCUUUACCGAUUUUGAUCUGUGGUCAAAUACAGGAAAUUGCAUCGAGAAAAUCUACUUCAUUGGUUUUGCUUUUGAUGCGUUGAGAUAGUAAAGUAGUGUUACAACGCUAUAUCGCAUAGCUUUAUCAAAUAAAAAAAUUAGUAAAACUAGUAAACUGCAGGGAUGAAUAUGUUGCGGUGACGAUUUUAACAGAACUGCAAAUUCUCUUCAUGCAAACUCUCUAUUCAAACAACUUUACGAAUGGAGUUAUCGUUUCAUCUUUGUAUAGCUGUUAAAACAGACCAGGUAUAUAGACAAAUUAAACAUUUAAACAGAGUCUCUCACAUUAUAAUUAAAGCCUUUAAAGGGGAUUAAAAAUGAUAUUAUGCAUGGUAGCAAACUAUUCUAAGAGAAUGCUGAAAACACAGAUGAAACGUUGGAAAAGUGGACAUUCGAACCAAAAUUUUCCAAGAAGUAAAUUAGUGUUUUAAAUACAUGUAGGUGAUAUUCAAAGUUACAACGCUAUAUCGCAUAGCUUUAUCAAAUAAAAAAAUUAGUUGAGUGAUCUCAUUUCAUUUUCUUUAAAAUAAAUGGAAACAUAUCCAAUAAUGCAUUAGUAACGAUGUAAAAAGGAGCAUAUGAACAAUCCAUAACCAACUUAAUGAUCACUUAAUCUUUAUGCUAUCAUUGUUAGUCUUAUGAAUUUAAUGUCAGUCGCCAUAUAUUAUUUUCUUCGUUUUCGGGAAAUGCCAAUAAAGAAUAUUCGGGAAUGUUCACCGUUAUUUUAUAUCAUUCCUAAAAGAUACGACCAUAGACAUAUUUUUCGUAGUGAAGUAGGAAAUUAAGAGUUUGAUAAAAGUAAGGUAGUGUCUGAUGUUUUGAAAAUAAGAUUUGCACGUGUAAAACACAUUAGUAACAGGCAAAGAUGUAAAUAAUUCAUAGUUUCAGCAAGCCAGAAUAUAUUCCUUUGUAGCUAUACAUGAGAUGUAAAUGUUGAAACUUUGAAGUUUCGUUUUAUUGUAGAAAAGAUAAACAAAUCUGUAAAUAAAAUAGCUAAUAUAUAUGACGAUUAUAUAUGAAUUGUGAAUUGUACAUCUGUGUAUAUAUUAUACUGAGUACUGCAUGACCUCGAUCGGGGUGUACAUAAUUAUCUAUAUAUUGCACAAGUGCUGAUUAUAAUUGAUAUUGGUUACAUAUAUCACCAGGUCCAAUGUACUGCAAUUGGGUUUUUAUACCUAAACCCGGGUAUUAAUAUAGAAUGAUAUAAAAAGAGUAGUUUAUUUUGUAUAUAUAUGUGUAUAUGUAUGUAUAUAGAUGUGUGUGUAUAUGCCGUCUGUUUUUUAUCUGCCCACUGAACAAUUAAUUAUUGCAUUCUGUAUUUAGCCAAUUAUUACAAAACAUUUCUAUUCACAUCAUAGGCAGUAUAAAACUGGAAGCCGAUGAACAUUUACACUCAACAUUUUAUUUUUAUUAUUUGGAAUAAAUUAAACAUGUCAAUAUCUAUACAUUUCGUGAUAAAGAAGCUCUUCAGUCAUGUCAGUAACUUACAAUGAAGUUUAUAAUCAUAUCUUAGCAUGUCUCAUAAAUUCUCAUAUUUUGAAGGAAGAAAUAUUUUAUAUUCACAUAUAUAAAAUGAUAAGAAAAUAGAGUGUGUGUGAGAUCAUCGGCUCUCUUCUGUGCAACCACCAAUGAUGUGAAUAGCACUUUUUUGUGAAAAUAAGCCAAAUAAAAAAAAAAUGCGAAUAACAUUCGUAGAUUGUAUCCCAUUUGAUGCAAUUUUUCAGUUCUUUGCAUGAUUGGGUUUUUUCUACUCAUUCAGGUCAACAUCUUGUUAUGGUAAACUGGACCUGUAACAAUUCAAACUGCUAUCAUUCUGCUUACUGUUUUGCUUGUCAUGACUUGAAUAUAUUGAAUUGCAAUUAUUAAAUGCACUUUCAGAUUUAUUCAAAAGAUCGGAUCGAUUUAUUUAUGAAGUUAUAUCUGUAUAUAAACUCUAAACGCAUUCUUCUCAAAAUUGAAAAGACAUCUGAAUCAAAGGGGGCACUUGAUAGAUAUUUUGAAAAUAAAUAAUCUUUGCAAUAUAAUUCAUUUCAUUUUAACAAGAACCUUGAAAGAAUCUAGUCAUUUCGAAUAGAAAUUACUUUAAGUGCCCAUCUGACCAAGUAUCUUUUGAAAUUUGAGUAGAAUGUUAUAGAUGUGUAGGUGCCAGAUUUAUUCCCUAUUACAUUGCAUCAAUCCGUAUAUCUCCUUUUUAAGGAGAUGUAACAUUGUAACAUGUUUCCAGAAAUGAAAAUCUCGAAAUAUAUGUCUCAUUGAUG